CUCCAAUCAGUUUACUAGCGUACAUGACCGUGGACUACGGACUAUUCCAAGCAGCAAAAAUAAUAUUGGGGACUCCAUUUGUGAUUGCCCUCUUGAUAUAUAAAUGGAAUAGGAGGCAUGUAUCCAUGUAUGAUGUUGAAGAAUUUCUACAAAGUCACAAUAACCGUAUGCCAAUAAGGUACUCUUAUUCCGAAAUUAGGAAGAUUACCAAAAGUUUCAAGGAGAAAUUGGGCGAAGGAGGUUAUGGCACUGUAUUUAAAGGAACACUUCAAAGUGGUCGUCUUGUGGCUAUAAAGAUGUUAGGUAAAUCCAAAGCUAACGAACAAGAUUUUAUAAGCGAAGUUGCAACCAUUGGAAGAAUUCACCAUGUUAAUGUAGUGCAACUCAUUGGUUUUUGCGUUGAAGGAUCGAAACGGGCUUUCGUAUAUGAGUUUAUGCCUAAUGGUUCCCUAAAUAAACACAUAUUUUUGCCAGAAGUAUGCACACUCCUAAGUUAUGAUCAAAUGUAUGAUAUAGCUCUAGGAGUGGCUCGUGGGAUUGAAUAUUUACAUCAAGGAUGUGACAUGCAAAUUUUACAUUUUGAUAUCAAACCUCACAACAUUCUUCUUGAUGAAAAUUUUACUCCUAAGGUUUCCGACUUUGGAGUAGCAAAAUUAUAUUCAGUAAAUGACAGCAUUGUUUCUUUGACUGCUGUUAGAGGGACAUUAGGAUACAUGGCUCCUGAGUUGUUCUACAAAAAUAUUGGAGGCGUCUCAUACAAAGUUGAUGUUUAUAGUUUUGGAAUGUUAUUGAUGGAAAUGGUUGGAAGAAGAAAGAAUAUAAAUGCAUUUGCAGAACACUCAAGCCAAAUAUACUUCCCUACUUGGGUUUAUGACCAAUGGCAAAAUGGAAACGACAAAGAAAUAUUGGAAGACGCCACGGAGGAGGAAAAGAAAAUAGGCAAUAAGAUGAUCAUUGUUGCAUUAUGGUGUAUACAAAUGAAGCCUAAUGACCGCCCCUCAAUGAAAAAAGUCGUUCAAAUGCUUGAAGGAGAUGUUGAAUGCUUACAAAUGCCUUCCAAGUCUUUCCUCUCAUCACUAGACCAAAUCGUAACAGGUGGUGGAGAAAAUUUGAAUCAAUCAAAUGAAUCAAGUCAAUCAUCUCAAUUUUAAAUACAAAUUAACUUAUAUAUGAGUAUUUUGAUUUAUUAUAUCCUUGUUCAAGGAGAAAAUUAGUUUUCUCAUAUAUAUUUAAUAGCACAAAGAUGCUUAACAUUUAUGUGUAAUA